AAAAGAAUAGUAAAUCAGAAACAUAAACUCAAGGGUUUCUCGGCAGACACGCUGCGAGGCUGCUUCUUCUUCUUGCUCCUCUUUCAUCAGUUCCAUGGGAAGCGCCCAGUUAAAGACAGAGGAAGAGCUCCGUAAGGAGAUUGAUGAGCUCCAACGCCAGCAACGCGAGAUUACAGAGCGGCUUCGAGAUCCAAGGGGACUUCGUAGGGGGCGCUUAUCGGGCGCUGGUCCUCGCAACUUUGCCGCCAAUGGAGCUCGUCAAAGAAGCUUCUCUCGAUACGGAGAUAGGGUCGAUGCAGAAGAUCAACCUCCAGCUAAACGGCGACUUUCUUCAGCCGUUGUCAAGGUGGAAGAUGGGGAGAUCACUGAGGAUGCCGAGGAGGCAAAGGAUGUGCUGAAUGAUGCUGCUAAUAAAGGAACUGCUGGGACUGCCGCUGAUACGAGCGAUAGGAAGUCAUUUAAUCUGCAGCAGAGUGGUUGGUCUAGGAAGGAUGGCAACCAAAGAGCUGUGAAAAAGGAUUUUGAAGUUCUGGCUACUGAGCAUGUUCCAAGGGUAUUGCCGAAGGAUGAGGACCCGAGCUUGAUUAAUAGGAAUAAAAGAAUGCUGGGGCAGCUUUUGGGGACGUUAGAGAAAUUCAGGAAAGAAGAUAUGAAACUUUCAGGAACUGAAGCAUUCAUGCGGAGAUCGGAUUCUUUGCAAAGAGCUGAGCAAAGAGCACGUGAAGAAAGUGAAAGGCUCAGGCAACAAGAGCGUGAAAAGAUUGCAGAAAAGCGGAGGAGAGAUCUGACUUUACGGGCCCGUGUUGCUGCCAAGACAGAAGAGAAGAAAUUGGAAUUGCUGUUUCUUCGGUGGAGUGAACACCAUAAAAAACUUUGCAAAUUUAUAAGGACCAAGGCAGAGCCUCCAAUAUAUUAUAUGCCUAGCAGACCAAUGGAUGAAGAUUCAACCUUGGUUGAGCAUCAAAAGGAACAGGCAUUCCUAGAAUGGCAGACUGCCAGGAGAGCAGAAUUGUCCGAGUAUCAGAAACAGAUCGGUGACCAAUAUAUUGCCAAUGUUGAAAAGGAGUUGGAAAGGUGGCAAAAUGCAAGGAAAGUAAAGAAAGCAAACAAUGAUAUGUUGAACUUGCAGGAAACAAUGGACAAAGAAUUGGACACCCAUAGGCUUGAGCAUGGUCCCAAGAAAAGAAAAAUUCCUGAUGGAAGCAACAAUGAAGAAGACGAUGAUGAUGUGGAGGAUAUCAAUGUUGGGGAGGAUGACAUUAUGGAUGAUGUGCUAGAUGUGGAUGACAACAACAGGAGGGCUGAUGAAACAGCUAGGCCAGAUGCUGAUACUGCUAGUCCAAUUGCUGAUAAGGAUUAAAGCUAUUACUGGAGGACUUUUUUCUCUUUUUCCUUAAAAAAAUCCUGUGUUUUUUUUUUAAGCGCAGGACAACCAAUUUUUCUUAUCUCACUUAGUAUUAUUUUCUCAUCUUGUUUUAUUUAUCUACAUGUCUACACAGUUUGGGAGAUAAUUAUAUAAAUUUGUGUUUAAUAUUUUAGCAUAAAAAACUGCAUUGGAUGAUUAUA